AUGGACUGUCCACCGAUUGACCAGUUCCAACCAGACCUUUACGAGGCUAUAAAGAAUGGUAAUUUAGAGAAAAUCAAGAGCGUACUUAGUUCAUCUCGAGCAAAUAAAGACCUUGAUCUUCUAGACAGCUCUGGUAAAACAAUUAUACAAGUAGCAGCUGAUUUGAAUGAUGCGUCCGAUCGAAACGAUGUAAUAACUUUACUAUUGAGUUGCGGAGCUAGCCUACAGCUCGCUUUGCUUAAUACUGUACAUCAAGGUGACGUGCGGGUAGUAGAGAUACUACUUCAGUUUUGUGAUCAACAGCCUCAGACAACGUCACCUAAAAUGCUCUCUGUCAGAGGUAAUACUUCGUUUACAACACCACUCAGCCUGGCGGCCCGUUUGCAGAAUUUUCAGAUUGUCAAGCUUUUUCUUGAACACGGAUUCACCAUUGAGGAUCCCAAAACUAUGCGAAUGUCGACAGAAUUUACUGAUGUCUCAAGCGAGAAGCUCCAUAGUACAGUACACCGUUUGAAUGAAUACCGCGCACUGGCCAGCCCUGUUUUUAUCGCGGCUUCUUUUCUACAAAACGUGCGGAGUGGUCCUGACCCAGUUCUUCGAGCUUGUGCCUUGAGCAAGGAAUUCCGUGAUAUAUCCGAGCAAGAAUACGAAUUUAGGGAGAAGUAUCUUGGGCUUUGUAAUGACUGUGAAGAGUUUACUGUGUCGCUCCUGAAGGAAUGCUGCACACUGGAAGAGAUCAGAUGCGUUUUGGAAGCGAAGAGCGAAGGAAAAACGUUUUCUACGCUGGAGACAGAUUCUCUCAACAUUCUGGAGUUUGCUGCUCUUGCCAAAACGAAAAAGGUCUAUUCAUGAUUAUUUUUAAUGAUAAGGCCAUCUUUAGGUUAAAUCAAAUAAGAUUUGCGUUAACGGCUACGAUCCGCUUAGAAGACAUUUUGAUGCAAUUUCCUUAAGUUUGCUUUAAGAAGUUUAGUUUAGCAUCUCUUGGUACUAACGGUUAAUAUUUCCUUUCAGUUUGUCGCCCACCCUUACAGUCUGCUGGUACUUAACUCGGAGGUUUAUAAAAACGCCUCUUUCUUGGAGGUGAAAGGUGUUUGGAAAAAGUCACUGUUACUACUCGUGGCGUCCUUGCUGUGCCCAUUGGCUUUAGUGGUUUGGUUUGUUUUUGAAGGCCUUUUCCCCAAACAUAAAGUGACCAGCAUGUUUCGCUCUCCUUUUGUGAGGUUUCUCAUCUACGCCGGGUCCUAUCAGACAUUUCUAUAUCUGCUUGCAAUCACAUCAAGUACCAGUCAUUUCCUGGGAGGCUUCUCGUUUAGUGGUAAGAGAUAUCGAUGAAAAGAAAUUUAUCACUGUUAAUACACUAAGUUAAGACUGCUUUAUCGAGGGGCAAGCUAAAUGAUUCAUCUUGUAUUCCUCUCACAGAUUUGUAUGUCAGAAUAUUUGUCAUUGGUCUACUGGUAGACCUCAUAAAAGACGUGCUUCAGUAUGGAAGAUCCCGCUUUUUUUCAUACCACUGGAACUAUCUGGCUUCGACAACGGUGGUGUCUUUCGUCCUUGGCGACGUAAUUUGGUUGAUUGGAAGGGUAACUCUUCCAAGCGUAUCCCAGUCUCUGACGCUAGAAGACCAUGCUGUGUUGCGAUCUUACAAGAUCAUGCUGUCUGCCGAAAGCUUUUUAUCAUUGGGAAUUCUCCAGGCAUUUGCCCUAAAUUUGUCAUUUUUGAGUCAGGAAAACGCCAGUAUUGGUCCAUUGCUAAAUGCAUUUAUACAGAUGCUUAUCGAUGCAGCAAAGUUCUUUUUGUAUUUUGGUUUCGUUUUUCUGGCAUUUGCUGUGAGUUUCACAAAGCUUUACUCGCAGUAUAAUGCGGCCAACGAGUACUACUCACCGGGGACGGAGGAGAAGAUUUCGCUAGAGCUGGAAAGGUAAGUAUAAAAGAUUUACCUUAAGCAAUUAUAAUCUAGAAUACUUCAUAGCAGCUGUGUACAUGUACGUGCAGUUUUCAGGUACGAGUUGUUCAGAGGCGUAUCACCGAUCGACAUUGUAGCGGAGCUCUCUCGCGAGCAAAGCGCGCAAAGGAGCACCAUGGGUGAGAAAAUUUGGUUAUCUACCCAUCCGAGAAAUUUUGGUAAUCACGUGACCGUACGCCCACCCGCCCGACCGUCCGUCCGCACCACAGGUAUACGGAUGUAAAAUAAGUCAAUCAACAGGUAUGGCAACCCAAAUGCAACUCGAGGUUAUUUUGGCGGAAAAUCGCAUAGCCACCUGCGUCUUGUAAAGCAGAGACAACUAAAGAGUCAAUAAAGAUAAAAAAAGAAAGCGGAAAUUGUUUCUGUAUCCGUGUUGUCCAAAGUAUUAAGCUUAGAUUAAUUGUCAUGUCCACAAAUUUUGAAUAUAGAGCAAAAGAAAGACAGAGAAAAAGAGAAAGUAGGCGAGAGGCCAGCGAAGCUCAACGAGAAAAAAAGCGACAGAGAUCUAGAGCGGGAGAUAAAACUAAAGGAGAAAAUUUUUUUUCUUUGGGAGAACAUGAAAAUUUUCAUUGUAGCGGCGGUGAGAAAAUGAGAAAUGCUAGCGGCCACCGAUGCAAGGUGAAAAUGAACGGCAGCGAAAAAAGUGAACGAGAACACGUACAACAUUUCCUUCAUAAAACGUGUAACUAGAAAGUUUCUGUAAGUUUCACGCUGUAGUCAGUGCAAAACAACGGCAAAGAAAUGUACACAAAGAGUGUGCUGCACGUGAAAGUUGACUUAUUGUUGUUUUAUCACCGUUCUCCGGCGUUGCCUUCGCCGCUUAGCAUUACACGAUUUACUUUUUGUUUGUACAAACUCUAAAUGUUAUCGAGAGCUUCGCUUUUAGCCCUGGCUAAAUCUACAUAUUAAUAUGAACAACGAAUAUGUAAAUACGUACAAAGCAUUUUCCAUGUGCCUUUAUCUUACUGGAAUUUCCCGUUGCACAUCAUAAAAUGUCAUUGCCCAGUUUUAUGUCAAAUCUCUCUGAGUCAAAAAUUAUUCGCAAAAAAUAGGUAACCGGAAUUUUAAUGAGUGAGUUUUUUUUCUUCAUUUUCGGAAAUAAAUGCAAAAUGAGUGACAAUUUGUGAAUGAGUAAAUACGACAGGUUUAAAUCAGAAGACAGGGAAAUGGUCCUAAAGUAUAAUACUUACAUCUCGCUAUGGUUUUCCAUUUGUAAUGCUGUUUUGUAGGCUCUCUACAAUCCCCUUCUGUGACAAUGAGAGAGGAAAAGAGCUAUAUACCAUUUUUUAGGACUAUUGAUCACUUUUUUAUGAGCAAGACUUUCUUUCAUUUUAAUUUUCUCGUCGAUUAAGUAAACUGCCCCAUUUUUUCGCCAGGAAACAAUUUUAAAGGCGCCCAAUUUGUUUUGUAAACAAUGCCGCAUAAUAUGAAGCGUUUUAUAGCUUUCUGAUUAGCUGUGUAAUUUAUGGCAUGGGAAAAGUUAAUCAUAAUCGUUUGUUAUUAUUUCAGGUUAGACAGCAGUGCAAAUGUGAUCUUCUGGUCGCUUUUUGGUCAAGUUGAACGUGAAGGAUUUUUGAUUGCAGAGGCAAGUUACGAGACCAUCUGGUGGACGGGCUUGACGCUGUUUGGGGUGUUCAAUAUUGUAGCCGUUCUUGUCGCUGUUAACAUGCUGAUUGCAAUACUCAAUGAAUCCUAUACGCGGAUUUCGGUAAGCAAAAAGCCGUUCUCGCGUUCUUGCAUAGCCUGCUAAACAGACGUUCUUUGGGUCAUCACGCAAUGCUCCUCGUUCUCAGCAGCCGUUUUUUCGAAAGGAGCGUUGCGUGACGACCCAAAGAACGGCAGUGAAUGGGCUAGUUCUUGCACGAAUGACAAUAAGAAAACAAUCCAUUCUGUUUAGGACAGCUACUUCACGUGCAGUUGAACCUCGAUAUAAUGAACCUCUGUAUAACGAAGGAUAUUCGACGCCUUAGUAAUAGUAAAGUAUAUGGAAAAGAACCUGCAUACAACGAAACCUCGUUAUAUCAACAUAUUUUUCCAGUCCCUUGGCCAUUCAUUAUACGGAGGUUGCACUGUAUAGCCUGUGUACAAUACCCCACUCCCUAAAAAAAAAUAAUUUUUGAGGGGAGGGGGGCCCAUAACCACAGGUUACUUCAUGUAGAGAGGUGAAAUAUAUCUAAGCCUGCAAAAAGUCAAUGUAAAGUUUCCAUUAUCGUCCUCAAAUUUGAACCUCUGAAAAUUUGAUUCCUUGGGUUACUGUAUGUUUAGUAACAACUGACUGUUUUUUUGCGAUUUUAAGAAAGUACAAUAGACUUUUCUUUACUUGCGCGUACGUUAUUCACCACCUGAUUCGCGCUAGUACCACAAUGGUUAAAAAUUGAUGAUGCAAUCGAGUUAAUACCUCUAACACACAAGAUAAAACUUAUAAGCCCGCCAUCCAAUAAUACUGAUCAGCGAAUCACUUCAAAAUGCGUGACCGCGAUGGGUUGUUCAACUUAUAAUCCUCCUCCCUACGUGCAAUACUUGACCUGGCUGCACUUGAGCAAAGAUUACUCUGACUAAAGAAUUUUUUUUUUUAAUGAUCGUCAGGAAAACUUGGACACUGAAUGGAAGUUUACGAGGACAAAGAUGUGGUUAAACUGGAUUUACAAGGAAAGCGUUCUUCCGCCACCGUUUAGCAUCUUGUAUGUGCUGCUUCCAGUCGGCUGGAUUAUUGAACGUCUUUUUAAAGCCUUUUGCCCCGAACCCAUCUUGGUUAGUUAA